AUGCUUUUUUUUGCAUGGUUCGCAUGCAACGCAACACUGUCACCAUUCUGUGUGGAUGAGUUACGUGCUGCUGCGACUACAUUAGGCGUUUGUAUCCAAUUACGGGAGUGUCCCCCAUGGCUCUGCAUAAAUUCCUCUAAUUCUUCUUCUACUUCUUCUACUUCUUCUUUGUUCUGUGUCUUUGAUGCACCUUCCGUUGAAGUGGCGCGCCAACUCGCUGAGAGAUGUGUGUUGCUGCGUGCGGUGUAUCUUCUCUUCGCUGCUGCGCCCUCUGUGGAGGAGUUGCUUGACUGCCUUUCCAGCGACAAGACAGAAGAGGGAACAUGGUUGCGGGGAGAGAAGUAUCAUCACGCCCAGGAGGAACAAGAAGAAGAAUCAUCAGUUAAUCAUUGCACACUACGUAUUGAAACAAUUGGUCGCCACUAUACAGUUGAAGAGAAGACGGCCUUGUCAACACGUGUGAGCCAUGCCUUGGGCAUUCCCGCAGACACUCUCAAUCACCCACAGAAUGGACCACAAGAAAAACAACAACAACAGCAACAACGUAUCUGUGUUGCAAUAGAGCAUGCGAUGGAGAAUGCACCGGCGGGUUCACCAGCAUCAUGGAUGCCAUGUGGCCGCGUAUUGCGUGCAUUUUGUGGUCUUCUCAUCACAGAGUCACCCCGUCAACAUUUGCUUUCUACAUAUGAUCUCAAACGUCGACCGUACAUUGGCACAACCUCUAUGCCGCCAGAACCGGCGUUUGUGAUGGUACAUAUGGCCUGUGUACGCCGUGGGGCGUAUGUGUUUGAUCCCUUCUGUGGAACCGGCGGUAUUCUCGUCGCGGCUGCCCACUGUGGCGCUAUCACUAUUGGCGCCGAUGCGGAUGGACGGGCCAUGCAGAAAGGCACAUUGCGGCACAAGGCGAGUAAACAACAACAACAACAGCGAGAGGUGGCGAUGCGGGCAUACCGACCAGAGGACCUCAAACGGGCGAAUAUCACCGCAGAGGAGGCAGAGACGCCGUCUGUUGUGACCAACUUCAAACUGUACGGACUCACACCGCCCGAUCGCGUACGGUUAAAUUUUGCGAAUUGGCGAGAAGCCUGGCGUCCGUGCAGUAAAGCGGGUCCUGCGGACUGUGGAUUCCUUGACGCUAUUGUGACGGAUCCACCCUACGGUAUACGCGAGCCACGACGGAAAGCAGCCGAGCAGCAAGAACAACAACAACAACAACAACAGCAACAAGAAGAAAAUUUUUAUCCUGUUAGCAGUAUUGUACUUGAUUUGAUGCUCUUCGCCGCAGAGGCACUCGUUUUAGGCGGUCGAUUGGUGUUAUGGUAUCCCACGACUGUACACUACACGAAAGAUGAACUCCCAACACACCCGUCGCUCUCAUUAAUAUGCGACAUCCCGCAGCGCAUUUCACUCAAGAUGGUGCGUCGUCUUAUCGUGAUGGAAAAAACAACGCCGGUGCCAUUUCCACGGCCAUCGCGUGAGUCUUGCGCAGCGCGGCAGCAACAACAACAGGAUCUCCGAGUGUUGAUGGAUGCAACGGAGUUGCCAGACAACAAUGAAUAUAUGCAUUACCGCGCCAAAUUGCUGAAGAAGCGAGACGCGGCAAAGCGGUACUUUUCUUCCGCCUCUUCACAAACCCCAACUGAGAAUAAUGAUACGAACAAGAACAACCUCAACUCCAGUGAGGCAUCAAGUGAGACCAAAGCAAUGCGCAAAAAGAUGUCAAAGAUGGAACGACAAGAACUUAUUGUGGCAAACCGAGAACGGAACUUGCAGCGUCAACAGCAAAAACAACAAGAACAACAACAACAACAACAACAACAUCGCGAGGCCUCUGGUGAGGGGACGUGA